AGCAAUUUGUGAACUCUGGCUGUUUUUGGGCUGAUAUGACGCGUGUGCCUUAGUUACAAUCAAUUUCAAAAUUAUGUUUAAAAUGCAUUACUUAUUAAUUUUCGUACUAUUCGUAGUAUUCAAUAGCAGCAAUGGAGAAAUAGUAAAUUCUAAAGUGGAUCGUAACAUUGACAUCGCGUCGCAGCUUGUAAAAGUUCUAAUAAAACUAACUUUAGAAAACACCGGGAAAUCGCCGGUAUCAACUUUCUUGUAUGCUCUUGACGCUGGUUCAAAACCUAAUUUAGCAUUUAUAGGAGCAUCGCAAGUUCAUGAAGAAGGAAGAGUUAAUCUGAAAACUGAAGACAUUGUUCUAACUCAAAACAAUCAUAAAGACAAAGAUCUCAUCAAAAUACAUUUUAAAAAUCCUCUUCAAGCUGGCAAGACCACCAUAGUGCGCUUAGAAUUGGUUUUCACGCGUGCACUUGUUCCGUACCCUUCAGUUAUUUCACAAUCAGAAAAGCAAUUGGUAAUGUAUCAUGGCAACCACUACUACUUCAGUCCUUAUCUUACCAAAACGCAAACUACAGUCAUCACAUUGCCUUCAAGUUCAAUUGAGUCAUUUACCAAGUUGAAGCCUGUGUCUCAUACAGAAAACCUUAUUACUUAUGGCCCAUAUGAUAAUAUUGGCCCUUAUACUACGAACAAAUUAACCAUUCAUUGUGAGAACAACAAUCCAUUCCUCAGCGUGACUAACAUAAAUCGUGCAAUUGAAGUAUCACACUGGGGCGUGAUAUCUGUUGAGGAAGAUAUUGAUUUAGCUCACACUGGAGCUCAAUUAAAAGGACCAUUUUCUCGAUAUGAAUUCCAAAGAGAUCAAAGUGGCAUAGCCUCUGUUAAAUCAUUUAAAACUGUGCUGCCUGCAUCAGCUAGUGAUGUCUAUUACCGUGAUGAAAUUGGUAACAUUUCUACUAGUCAUUUACGCAUGUUAGAUGACUCAACAGAAGUUGAAUUGCGUCCUCGCUUUCCAUUAUUUGGGGGAUGGAAAACACAUUAUGUCCUUGGUUAUUAUGUGCCUACUUAUGAGUAUUUGUACAAUAGUGGAGACUUGUAUGUUUUAAAAAUGCGUUUUGUUGAUCAUGUUUUUGAUGACAGUGUUAUUGAUGAUGCUACUGUUCGAGUAAUACUUCCAGAAGGCAGCAAAAACAUCCAAGUAAAGCCGCCUUAUGCUGUUGAUCGCUUACCAGAUGAACUUCACUACACAUAUUUAGACACCGUUGGAAGGCCAGUGAUUGUUAUGCAUAAAUCAAAUCUUGUUGAGCAGCACAUUCAAGAUUUUGAGAUACAUUACGAGUACCAGAAAAUGCUCAUGUUGCAAGAACCAUUUUUGGUUGUGAUAGCUUUAUAUCUUCUGUUCAUUGUAGUAAUUAUUUAUGUUAGGCUGGACUUCAGCAUCACAAAGGAUCCAAACAAGGAAAGCAAACUUAGAAUAUCUGGCUUAAUCGAAACUGUGCAUAGUCAUUGUGACAAAAGGGCCGACAUAUAUGCAAAAUUUGAUGAAGCUUUGAAUAAGUUUAAGCAUAAUAAGGAUUUGAACAGUUAUCAAGCAACUGUGAAAAAAUUGAAUGUUGAUCAUAAAAAUGAAACUCAGACAAUCACCGAAUUGUUGCAGAAGUUGAAGCAUGAAGGAUCAGAUGUAGCAGAAAAGGUAGCAGAAAUUCAACGUUAUGACAAGACUCUGAAAGAGCAGUUGCAGCAGCAAAUGUUGCUGGUUGAAAAACUCAUUGCUAACAAAAUAAGUAAACAACAAUAUUUAGAUGGAGAAGCUGCCAUUGUUAAGAAGAAAGAAGAUGUAGUUGAAAAAAUUGUGGGAGUUGUGUACACAUUAUAAGAGCUAUGAGCAACAAAUUCUAAGCUGAAUUCAUUUUACAAUUUUUUACUUAAUUCAUUCCAUGUUCAAACAAUUUAAAAGCGCUCGCCUUUCUUUUCUUGUACUGGGAAAAUAAAUUUUGACAAAAG